AUGGUCCUUGCCCAUGGCGGACAGGACAAGCUCACGUUUUGGACAUCGUCGAACGCAAAGUCCUGGACAUGGAAGAGCGACCUCUCUGCUGGCCAUAUCGAGGGUCUACCCUCUGGAAUUACUGGGUGGGAAGUGCCUGAUAUGUUCGAGCUCCCUAUUCAGGGCACCAACGCGACCACCUGGGUGUUGAUUAUAACCCCUGCAAACGGAUCUCCCGCUGGUGGUAAUGGUGUUUUAGCCCUGACAGGUUCAUUUGACGGAUCAGCAUUCAAACCUGAGCCUGUCGAUCCUUCUACCCUUUGGCUUGACUACGGUCGCGAUUUCGACGGUGCCUUGAGUUGGGAAAAUGUCCCUGCUGCAGAUGGGCGACGGAUCCUUGCCUCUGUUAUGAACAGCUACGGCGCAAGCCCACCGACCAAUACCUGGAAAGGGGUGCUGAGUUUCCCUCGGACAAUUACCCUGAAGGAAACCGACUCCAAACGAUACUUCCUCCAGCAGCCUGUCACUGAACUCGCCCUCGUUGGUUCCCCGCUGGCCACAAUCCAGAAUCGAACGAUUACCACCGGCCAAACGUUGCUGUCUUCCAUCCACGGAACCGCGUUAGAUAUCAAACUUACCUUUUCUAUUAACGCAGGCGCCAAACUCUCGCUAGCAGUGCGUAAGGCCGCGUCAGAAAAGACAAUCAUUCAGUAUGACCAGACAAACUCGUCAAUAUCUGUUGAUCGAACGACGAGUGGAGACAUCUCCUAUGACCCCGCUGCAGGUGGGGUCCACAGUGCUUCCCUAAAACCAGAUGGUUCCGGGGUUAUUCAUCUCCGCGUCCUAGUCGACACUUGCUCGGUGGAGGUGUUUGGCGGAGAAGGAGAAGUUGUGAUUUCAGACUUGAUUUUUCCUAGCGAGACCUCUGAUGGGCUGUCCUUGGAAGUCACUGGGGGAUCGGCCAAUUUGCACUCUGUCGAAGUGCGCGGCAUUUCGCUCAACUAA